GCCGACCACGAGCGCACCACACACGGACACGGAGCAGUGGACGCCCCGACGACUCCAUCAAAAGGGGCAGCAGCUCUAGCUAGCGCAGCACAGCAAUCCAUCCACCCCCUCUCCUUUCCCCUCCCCCUCCCCGCCGGAUUCCUCCUUCCCCUCCCGACUCCCGAGCUCGGCAAUGGCAAACGCUUCAUCAGGUGCUGGGAUCCAUGACGACUGCAAGCUGAGGUUCGUGGAGCUCAAGUCCAAGAGGAUGCACCGCUUCAUAACCUACAGGCUGGAGAACCAGAAGGAGGUCAUUGUGGACCAAACCGGGCAGCGCGAUGCCACCUAUGAGGAUUUCACCAAGACCCUCCCUGAAAACGACUGCCGAUUCGCAGUGUUUGACUUCGACUUCACCACCCCGGAGGAUGUGCCAAAGAGCAGGAUCUUCUAUAUCUUCUGGUCCCCGGACACCGCAAAGGUGAGGAGCAAGAUGACGUACGCAAGCACCAACGAGAAGUUCAAGAGGACCCUGGACGGCAUCCAGAUCGAGAUGCAGGCCACCGACCCCAGCGAAAUCAGCCUGGACGUGAUCAAGGAGCGCGCACACUAGGGCGGCAAACCAACCAUCCAUCCAAUGCUCUGCCCUUUGGACGCCUCACGGCGACAUGGAUUUAUUAUGUCAAUUAUAGAUUUGGCGGUGUGACUCUUGAAACUUUCUUGAUGAUUUGUGGCUUUGUUACCGUGUCGAAAGAUCCCCGUGGUGAGACCACCACGGAGGUCUUGUUCUAAGUUCUAUCAUGUAAUCCGUUCCUUCUUCCGCUGCCCAUUUAUAUGCCGGGCGUUAUGCUGCUGCACUGUUCUUCCAAGUUCUGGUUAUAAAUAAUUAAAUGUUCUGUUUGGAUUC